AUGGCGCGACCUUCAAACUUUGGAGCACUUCCUGGUUUUGGGCUUCCUCUGUCCUGGACACCAUCUCACAGCGAUCUGGCUCAGGCUUCUGAACCAGAGGCAUCGAAGCUCGGAGAUGGCAAAGGUACCCCUAGUCCAAACGCGCGCUUGUUCCCGACAGCUUUGAAUAUCAACGACGGGGACCUGGAUACCUUCCAGAUGCAAUUGACCACUCUGCGAGAAUUCACAAUGCUGCGGUUCAUGAAUCAGUUGACGGAUAAGCCCGGCUGGGAGCACAAGGUCUUUGAUGCUUCCAUUACUACGAAAUGGAAGGAAGAGGCAUUAGCCCAGAAUCAACCAGUGAACGACGUCAAAAAAGAAGAGUCUGCAACUCACGUCAACGAAGAAAACCCUGCGCCCGGUGACGAUGAAAACUCGGAGAGGCAAUCUGAGGAUAGCAUCACCGAGAAGAUGGUGGAUUGGUGUUUCGCUGAAUUGCAGUUCAAAGCGAAGAUAUUUCAAGAGAAUGGGGGACUCGUGUCUGUGUAUAAUGGCGACGUCGUCAAAUCGGAUUCCGCUAUUCCACCUGAUCUCCAAGCUGCGCUGAAAGCGGCCGUGGAACCUCUAGAAGACGUGCCCGACCGUCUCAAAGACUGGCAUCCAGGUUCGGACGAGCUUGUCCUGGACCUUGUGCAUCCCAGCUUGUUCCCGCUCGUUUAUGGCCGUAGCAAGGUUUUGAAGGAGGGCAUAACUACUCUGGAUGACUGCAUUGAGCGAUGUGGAGAAGGGGAAACAUUGCCUAUUCGAUCAGACGAUUCUACGUCAGGGAAGGUGUGGGUAAGACCGGAUAUCCUCAACAUAAACCUCUACAGCAACAAAUUUCAAUGGUUACCCUGCGAAGUAGAUGUAUCGGCGAAUGAUGGCAGCUCUGUGCGAAUUACGAGUUACAUCAACAAUUUACACCCACAGGAACGUUCACUGUACUUGGUCAUAGAGCAAGUCAUCGCUCGGGCCAUUCCUUUGUGGAACAUGACUCUGUCCCCACUCCUGUUGGGGGUAGACAAGCACCGGCGUAUACAUUACGACCGGGUCGAAUACAAUCCCGACCCAGCGAGCUUCCCAAAAGAGGAGGGGCCACAGCAAGAAGAAGGCGAGGAUGAAGACGACCACUGGGGUCGAAGAUGGGAAUGGAUACAACAAACACAGCGCGUCAUCCUUCCUGAGCCCGAAACAUUUGCGCCUCCUCCUUAUAUGACAACGGACUCAAAGGACCAAGUCGAUCUGAGGAGAGAUUUUGGCGAGAGAGGAUUGCAAGUCAUAGUCAAGCUAGCGAGCAUUCAUCUCAAUCCGGAGAAGCCCGCGUACAACGGAGGGAGCUGGCAUGUCGAGGGACAGAUGAACGAGCACAUUUGUGCGACGGCUUUAUACUACUACGACUGUGAGAACAUCACGACCAGUCAGCUCUCCUUCCGCCAACAAUCGACAACGGACAUCGGCUGGGCUUACAGCCGCACCAUCGACUACCCGCAAAAUCAGGACGACUGGCUAGAAAAGGUUUUCGGAUGCGAGAACUAUGGUUCUUCCAUGCAACAAGUCGGAGCCGUGGAGACGAGAGCCGGCAGGCUGAUCACCUUCCCCAACAUUCUUCAGCAUCAGGUCCAGCCUUUCUCGCUAAAAGAUCGCUCGAAACCUGGGCAUCGAAAGCUCCUAGCGCUGUUCCUCGUAGAUCCGACGAUCAAAGUCAUCUCGACGGCACACGUCCCUUGCCAGCGAAAGGACUGGUGGCAGGAGGUUGUCAACACGCGAAGUGCGAUUGGCGACCUUCCGCGUGAACUUCAGGACCAGGUCUUCCAGGAGGUUGAAGAAUUCCCGAUCGAUAUGGAGGAAGCAAAGCAGUUGAGGCUGGACUUGAUGGAGGAAAGGAAGAAGUUUGUCGUUGAUUCUGGCAUUGCAUUUGAGAAUAUAUAUACGUUCGCGCUUUGUGAACAUUAACAUGAUCAUAUUCAAUGGAUCCCAAUUUUCGUCGUUGGGAC